CAUUUUCCAAGAAAGAAAGCAUUUUCCAAAAAAAAAAAAACAUAGUUCCAAGUGGGUGUGUGAGAGGAUAGCAAGACACUUGGGAGACUUUUGCGUUGGUGAUUUGAUUAAAGAAAGGGAAAAUAUUAUGGGGAGGCCUCCUUGCUGUGACAAAGAAGGGAUCAAGAAAGGACCUUGGACUCCUGAAGAAGACAUCAGUUUAGUCUCUUACAUUCAAGAACAUGGUCCUGGAAAUUGGAGGGCUGUUCCUACCAACACAGGGCUGCAUAGAUGCAGUAAAAGUUGCAGGCUUAGAUGGACUAAUUACCUCAGGCCAGGGAUCAAGCGUGGUAACUUUACUGACCAUGAGGAGAAGAUGAUCAUCCACCUUCAAGCUCUUUUGGGUAAUAGAUGGGCUGCAAUAGCUUCAUACCUCCCUCAGAGAACUGACAAUGACAUUAAAAACUAUUGGAACACACACUUGAGGAAGAAGCUGAUCAAGCUCCAAGCUGCAGGAGGAGGCACUGAAGGCCUUCACUCUAAAGAUCAAGGAAACAGUAAUUCUUCCUCACAGGCAAUAUCCAGAGGACAAUGGGAGAGGAGGCUUCAAACAGACAUCCACAUGGCCAGGCAAGCUCUCAGAGAUGCCCUUUCCCCAGAAAAGCCACUGGCUUUGAGUUCUGAUUUGAAUCCCGCAGAUGGGUUUUCGAUUUCGAACCUGAAAAACCCAACUCUAGAUCAAUCAAGCAAUUCUACUUAUGCUUCAAGCACUGAGAACAUUUCAAGAUUGUUGAAAGGUUGGAUGAAAAACCCACCAAAUAAAUCAGCUAGAUUAACCAACUUGGCUAAUAAUCAGACAGAUUAUCAGCAUUAUUCAUCUAGUGAGGGAACCACAUCUGUGGCAAAUACUGCGAAUAGUGGCAAUGUUGAGUUAUCUGAUACAUUUGAGUCUCUGUUCGGUUUUGAGUCCUCGAAUUCCGAUUUGUCUCCAUCCAUGUCGCCGGAGGCCAGCCUAUUCCAGGGCGAAAGCAAGCCGGAUCUUAUCAGCGGCCAGUUGCCGCUGUCGUUUCUUGAGAAGUGGCUGUUUGAUGAAGGUGCUGCUGCUGCUGCUCUAGGGAAAGACCACUUCUUUAGUGAUACGGUGACACCAGAUCAUGGAAAUGCUAACUUUUUCUGAGGAUUUGCUUGUUUUUUGGGCAGAUUGGAAUAUCUUAAUUAAUUGUUAGUCUUUUCCAGUGCCUUGAUUUUUUUUUUUUUUGGUAAACUUUCCAGUGCCUUGAUUAGCAAAGGGAACUCGUUAGAAAAGGAAGUGUAAAAAUAUUACUUUAUAAUUAUGUCGAUUGUCAAAUGUCUUGGAAGUUGGAAGAUAAUAAUUAUUUCCCAUUUUAUGCUUAAGA